CUGACGUGACAGUAGUGCCAGUCAUGACGCCAGAAGUAGUAGCAGUGCCAGUAAUGAAGCCAUCAGGAACAGCUGCACCUUGUAACCUGGACGAUUUAUCGGUGUGUUCAACAGACGUCCAGACGUCCACACCACAUCAGCAUCGGCAAUAAUCUCGAUUGAUCACAUGACUGUCACGUCUUCGCUGCCAGAAGCGCGAAAUUCGAUAAUGUCAGAUGAAACACCGCCACCACCAUCACCACACACCACCGCCACCGCCACCGCCUCCCCCUCUAAAGGGCUCCGUCAGAAAGAAAAGUUUAAACGUAAAUGAACUGUCGCAAGUCCCAGAACUAUCUGUGUGGAACGAUAUUAAAAAAUGAGCCGUAAACCUCUAGACAUCAACCAUAUGAAGAAAUUUAUCUCGGGCCACGACGAGUUAGAUGCUCCCCAUGACUUGUCUAACAGAAUCCAGGAGCCGCUGAUGGACAGUUGUAAGAGUAUGAGAGUGGACUUGCUUCUCAGAAAGUUCUCCAAAGUGGAUGACGUACUGAUGUUCGUUAGGAAUGUAAAUCAUGCAGCAUUCACUAAUGAACAGCUCAAAGAGCUGAGUGCACUUGCCCCAGAUGAAAAACAGGCAAGACGGAUAAAAACUCGUAGCGAAGACAGUUUGUCCGUCACCGAGAAGUUUCUGUACAAGUUGGUUCAAAUCCCUCACUACGAUCUGCGCAUUCACAUCAUGUUCAGUCGCGCGACGUCUCCCCCACAGCUCCGCGAGCUCCGUGACAGACUUCGGAAAUAUCGAGAUGCAUGCCGGUACCUCUGUGACAACGAGUCCAUCAAGGUGUUUCUUUGUUGGGUGCUGCAGGCUGUCAACGACAUCAAUAAUGGGAACAAAGAAGAUAAAGCUUUUGGACUAAGGAUAGGGUCACUCAACACAAUCCUCAGUACUAAGGCCAAGACACCGGAGCGCGCGACUCUUCUGCACGUGUUGGUAGAGGACAUCCGGAAGAACGACCCCAGUGCUUUGACCUUUGCUACCACUUAUCUACCAAACUGAAACGGGCUUUACAGCAUUCCUCCAAGAAUCUCCGUGAUGAUUUUCAGAAGAUCAAGGAAGACAAGGAAGUGCUGACAGCAGCUCAGCGCGAUGUGGAGACAUGCGAAGAAGUUGGCAGCCAUCUCAAAGAUUUCUUGAGUGUACGUGCAUGGUGCCAAUGUUACAAAUAUUUGUGCCGCUCGUGUAUUGUUCACACCGUUUGAUUAAAUUUUGUGGGUAAACUUUGGCAGUACUCCCAGUCUUUGUACAAGGUGGUUUCGCAUUGCUUAUCACGACUGUAUGUAUACAUCUAUAUAUUUUUUUCAGGAGAUCUGCCCGCUCAUCCAUGAAGUUGAGGAAGAUUUCGAAGGGGUGGAUGCUGACUUCAAGUCUGUCGCCGCGUACUAUUGCGAAGACCGGAAUUCCACCAUUGACAAUUUCUUUGGAAUCUUCCUAAAGGUCUGCGAAGACGUGCAGUUUGAAGAGAAUCGGGAGAACAACGAGUUACAAAAUCGCAGAGGUUCUGUAAGUUGUCUAGCGAGCACCGACCGUGAACACAGCGGUCACGCCACGACGCACGUGGCAAACAGUGACAUCACCACUGUCAACGAGCUGUGAACAUCCUGGAGCGACCUGUCUUGUGAUCUGUCAGGGUUAGCACGCGCACUGUUACAUCGAAAUGGACUGCUGACAGGUCACGUGAUCUUAAAGUCCGAGGGCUUGAUUAUCCCCAUCCUUUAUUUGUGAUUGUGCAAUGGUUGAUCUGCCGUACUUUACUCGGAUUCUUUUGUAGACGGAUAUUUCUUCAGUUGAAAUUACUUUUUGUAAAUGCUGAUGAAAACAGUCUAUUUAACCUAAACAUUUGAUGUGAAUUUGGUAGAUUGCUGUUGAGCAUGUUCUCACCACAAACAGAUGUGUUUAUAUUUGACCAUACCAGUUAAAAGUAUAUAACUAUACAUAUUUUCUAGAAAUGUAAAUGUGUCCGCAAAACAUUCUGGUGUGGUUCACUUUCACACAAAAUUCUUUACAAUAUUGCACUUUGAAUUUGUUGAUACAUAUCUUAAUUUGAAGACUUUUUGUUCAUGUAUUAUCAGUAAACUGUGAAUAUGUUA